UUGCCUGAUAUGCCUCAACAAAGUUUGCUAGCUUCAGCAAUCCCCCAAAAGGGUCUUCACGCUCUCUUUGCGUGCCAGGAACGAGGAAUUGCGACCUAUAUGAGCUUGAAUUUAUAAACCGCGAAGUACAAUACAGGCUUCUGAGCUUUUUAAGUCAAUGUUGAAAUCACCUGAUAUUGAUGGGUGAAACUUUUAUUGGCCGAUAUCCAUGAUGCAACAGUCAAUUACAGCCAUUACUAGCUGAUACUGGCCCUUAUUCGACAACCUAUAGUAGUUUUGGGAAUCUAUGGGUUUGGCAAAAUUUCACAGCCGCGAAAUCUGUGACCUGUGAUGUAGCAUCUGUUAUGUUCAGUCCAUGUGCUGGGUAAAUGGAGGAGUCAGAGAAUAGAAGAGAGAGACUGAAAGCAAUGCGUAUGCAAGCUGCUCAGGCUGAAGUUUCUAAUAAUGCUGAAAGUUCUGGGGUGCCUGGUUGUCUCUCCAAUCCAUUGAUUGAAACCUCUGUGGUGCAGGAGUCAUGCACUCCAAGGUUUGACUUUUACACAGAUCCAAUGUCCGCAUUCUCUGAUAGCAGGAAGAGGAGCAAUGCUGCUAGUCAGAUCAGACCAGAUUAUUUCAAGUCUCCAAGUAGUGGUGGUUCUCUUAUGUCACGGUUUUCACCAUCUCAUCCAGCAGGACCAAGGAACCCUGUAAUGACACCUCCCGUUCAUCAUAUCCAGAGCAGUUGGUCAUCCAACCAGACAAUGUACGAAGCACAAGGUUCUUCUUACAGCUCUGGCCCCCAUAGAAGCCCAAUAGGAACGGCCAGUCCUUUUCCAAUGCAUCCACGAACUCCUGAAGUCUGGAAUGGACCCAUGGGGCCAACUAGCUAUAGUUUUUCAUCUAAUCCAUCUAGAGGGGGUCAUCCUCCAAGUCCUGCUUUUGGACCAAGAGGAGGUAGCCAAUAUUUAAAUACUGGGCAAGGCAGGGGUCAAUGGGUCAGCCAGAGUCCAAGCCCUGGUUCAGGACCAGGGCUUAGUCCUAGCCCUAGACCAGGAAGAGGUGGGGGCCUUAGUCCUAGCCCUAGACCAGGAAGAGGUGGGGGCCGCUGGUACGACAGCAGCAUGAGCCCUGGUUCAGGACGAGGCAGGGGUUAUUAUACUCCACAAGGGCCAGAGCGGUUUUACAAUGCGUCCAUGUUGGAAGACCCGUGGAAGUUUUUGGAACCUGUUCUAUGGAAGUGCGUGGUUAGUUCGAACACCCCUUACUCGUCAAAAUCCUGGACUGGAAAAUCUCAGAGCACAAAAAAAGCAAGAGUUUCAGAAGCUUCAAACAAGUCAAGUUCACAACCAAGCUUAGCGGAGUACUUGGCUGCCUCAUUUAAUGAAGCUCUCAACGACGCAGCAAAUACAUGACAGUUGCUGGGGGUUCCAUUGGAGCCUUCUUUUACACUUAUGCCCCUACUCAGCAGGAUUUCUAACCAGAGAGAGAAGCAGGGAAGGCAAAAAGAUGGUUAUCGAUCUCUGAACACCCGAGGGCACCAAAAAGUUUAAUUUGCAUAUCCUCUUUUAGUUGGUUCAAAGAAAUUGUGCUGCUUGCACAAUUGCAUUCGCAUGGAAUGAUCUGUAAAAUUCAGAGCAAAUUAUCAGGUAGGAUCUGAUAGUUUGGAAACAUAGCAAGUUGAUUUUGGUUAUAUCUUUUGUAAGUUAAAUUUCGCUUUGUAGUUAAAUAUUUAAAACAAUUCGAUCACAUUUUCGUCUGUCUGACAGUAAGGGUUUACUUGGUGCAUAUUGAGAAUGACUGCCAGGAAAAGUGAUCUAUCAAUCCUCAGUAAAUUCAAUCGCUGUUCCGGGACACGUAGAAUAAAAUCACGUUUCACAGAUGUUUCUGA